AUGGCUCAAUUGAAGCAGCUUCACAGCGGUCGUGGUAUUCCCUCGCUCCGCUUCAUCGUUGGCACGUGCCUCCUCAUCGCCGCCGCCACAACACUGCUGGCAUCCGCCGAGAACGUGCAGGUGCACUUGAUCCCGCACAGCCACCAAGAUCCUGGGUACCGCGAAACGGUUUAUGGCUACUGGAGGGACAGCGUUUCGGACACGCUGCGCACGACCGUCCAGGCCCUCCAGGACGACCCAACACGCAGGUUUGUGUGGGAGGAGACCAUUUGGCUGCGAUAUCUGUGGGAGAGCGGUGACGCCGACACGAUCAACGGCAUCCAACACCUCGUGAAGAACGGGCAGCUGGAGCUGAUUGGCGGCGGAUGGGUGAUGCACGAUGAAGCAGGCUCCUCCCUCUGGUCAACCGCAAACCAGAUGACAAUCGGACUGGACUUUCUCUUUGACAAGUUCAAAACGCGUCCAAAGUGGGCGUGGCACAUUGACCCCUUUGGGCACUCUGUGACAUCUCCCUCGGUGUUUGCGUCGCUCGGCUACUCUGCGUUUGUCAUCAACCGCAUCCCCGACGACGAGAAGCAGGAACGCAAAGCCAACCGCUCGCUCGAGCUCCUCUGGACCGGAUCAACGGCCCAGCACCCAGACAGCACCCUCCUCGCACACGUCCUCGACUCCCACUACGCCACGCCCGUUCUGCCCGGCGUCACGGCUGCGGAGAAGGCGAAACAGCUCGCCGAGCAGUGCGCACAGCGAGCCAAGUGGUAUCGCACGAAACACGUGCUGGUUCCCUUUGGAAACGACUUUGAGUUCAAAGACGCGAGGCUCCAAUUUGACGCCAUGGACGAAAUUCUUCGCAUCAUCAACAACGACCCUGCGUCCCACUCGAACGUCACCAUCAAGUACAGCACGCUCAACGAGUACUUUACGGCCCUUCACGCUGAUCCCAACGCCGUCUUCCCAGCAGCUGCGCCAGGCAAGGACUUCUUCCCCUACAUUGCGUGCAGCCCCUGCACCGCCUCCAAGUGCAUUGGCCUUCCCUGCGGUUCGCGUGACGCGUAUUGGGUUGGAUACUACACCUCCCGCCCGCACCAGAAACUCAUGUCCUUCAAGCAGGACGCCCUUGCCCGCUCCCUGAACAUCCUACAAACGCUGCAGCGUCACGCCACCACCACUGAUACUACCGCCACCACCAGUACAACAGGCGUGGCUGACGCUGACCUUGUUGUGACGACAGCCCGCAACACGUCUGGGCUGAUGCAGCACCACGACGCGCUUCCAGGGACGUCGUUCAACUACUGCACCAUCAGCACAUCGGAGUGUGAUUGCGUUGCGGACUACAACAAGCGCAUCGCCGCUGCUGCACAGAGCAGCGACAACCUCAUCGGCAACAUCGAGGCGAAGCUGCUUGGCGUGCCCGGGAACGUGAGCGUGGUGACGGCGGCAACCCUCGCCAACUCGUCAUACUCCAGCCCAGAGUGGACCAUAUUCAUCAGCAACCCUGUCGCGUGGCGCAGGCGGGACGUGGUACAAGUGGACAUUGCCGGGGUGACAACCAGCCGCGUCAUCAACGUCAAGACGGGCGAGAUUGUGCCGUCGCAGGUGGUGGUUGAUCCGCUUCGAGGAAAGAAUUUUGUGUACAUUGCCGUGGACCUCCCACCGCUCGCCAUUGCCACCUACCGCCUGGAGCUCGGCGUCGUUGAUCCACAGCAGCAGCAGCAGGAAUCCUCCUCCUCCUCCUCAUUUUUUUCUUCUUCUUCCUCUUCUUCCUCCUCGUCCCUGUGCAACGGCGCGGUGUGCAUCACGUUCAGCAGCACCACGGGACGGCCCACAGCGUGGGUUGACCUUGCGUCCGGCACCACGCACGCGCUCAACGUGGACCACGUGUACAUGCGCGAGCGCACGCCCGUGGAUGCGGACAUCUUCUCCGGCUCCAACGUGUACGACUUCACGCCGGACGGCACGUCCACCUCUCUAUGGCCGGCCCGCCCCACGCUGGUCAGCGUCGCUAAUGGCCCCAUCGUGUGGGAGCAGACGGCCACGCUGAGCGGGGACAUGUACGUGUCGUUCCGCCUGUACAACGCGUCGCUCGUCGACGAGACACAGCGGUCUCUGCAGGUGCAGACUCACACGGGCGUGAUGACAUCGGCCUCUUCGGGCUCCAUGCUCAUGCGCGUGAGCACAGAUGUGAAGAGCGGAACUGCGUUCUUCACGGACAACAACGCGUUCCAACGCAAGCACCGCACCUUUGACUCGUCCUUGCCUUACUCCGGCAACUUCUACCCCGUCGUCGGCGCAGCCAUUGUCACGGAUGCAAACACGACCGCACGCCCUCGUGCCCAUCGCGACAGUGACAGUGGCGGGUUCGCGCUCUCGCUGGCGGCUUCUCGCCCAACAGCCGUGACUUCGCCGGCAAGCGGCGCGCUGGAGAUGAUGCUGCACCGCCGCAUCAUGGACCUUGACCUCCGUGGAAACGACAGCAGUGUGAUGGACGACGUGGUGCUGGUGACGCUCGCCCCCGCAUCUGUGGUGCAGGCCCGUGCUGCCAAGAUGAGCACGCUGCACCUGCUGCCCGUGACAGUGCACGCUGUCUCUGGGCGCGUGACGCCAAAGGUGGCGACCUUCGCGCCAAUGCCCAAGGCGCUACCAGAUGGCGUGCAUCUGCUCGAUGUGCGGCUGCGCGGGAGCGGGUUUGAUGAGGGCGUGGGGAUGUGGCUGCAGGGCCUCGCUGGUCUUGAUGGCGGGAAGGUGGACCCGAGUGAGGUGCUGCCCUGUCUGUCGACGCGCGAUUGGGAGCGCACAUCGCUGGACUUCCGCCUCUCCAUCAACGAGACACGCAGCGCCAGGCUCAAGUGGAAGAGCGACAGCAGCACUGCCGACGGCCAAGAAGGCCACGCAGCGGCCACUGCUGCCGUCAAUGUCAAGCCAGAGUCAUUCCUGGCCUUUGCUUCCUGA